UGCUGUUUCCUUCAAAGAGCUGUCAAAUCAAACCGCGGGCUGCCAAUAGCCGUUCAUUUUUAUCUCGCGCCUUGAGUGCUCUCCAACUUUUUCACAUGUUCCCACGGUGCGUUUGUUUACAACGCCUCAUGAUUUUCGUAGUUAUGUUUUCCUAGUGGCAAGUUGGUUUAAUAGCUAAUCACGAGCCGAAAAUGGGGAGAAAAUUGUGUUCAUUUUUGUGCAUUUCUGUUAUGCUACCUUUAGUUUUAAGUCGCGAUCUUGAGUCAGGAUUUCCGUACGCUGAUGCAACAAAUAGACUACUGUGCCCGCCAAAUAAAGAUGAGCCGCAGCCUCCCAACAGAGUCAACUCUACCGAUGCUCUUAAAAACCUACGGAAAUUAAUGGUGAACUGGCUGGCACUACAAGCCCCUCUAAUUGACGCAUACAUCGUAACCACCCAUAAUGCACACCAGAGCGAGUUUGUUCCAGAGCACGACAGGCGGCUCAAACAUCUGUCUGGAUUCAGCGGGAGCGAAGGAUUGGCAAUUGUCACCAACACCAAAGCGGCUCUCUGGGUCAACGGGUUGUAUCAUACGCAAGCCGAUCAGGAACUUUCUUGCGAAUGGCUCCUGAUGCGUCACGGAAAUCCCAAUGUUCCCACUCCUGAGGAUUGGCUCAUUGAUGAGUUGAGACCGAAAACCGUGAUCGGGGCUGAUCCACAUCUUAUCCCAAACGCGUUGUGGGAGUCCUGGGAGAGGAAGCUGUACAAUGCUUCCAUCGAACUCAAAGCCAUCCCCAACAAUCUCAUCGACCAAUUUUGGACAAAAACUGCGUUUCCGAGCUAUGAAGCGUACAAUGUACCCCUCAAUUAUACAGGUGCGACGUGGCAGACCAAAGUGGGUCGGGUCCGACGUGAGAUGGAAAAAUUGGGCUGUGACGUCAUGAUCGUGACGGCGAUUGAAGAAAUCGCAUGGCUCCUCAACAUUAGAGGUUAUGAUAACGAGUUCAGCCCGUAUCUGAGAGCUUAUGUCAUCCUCACGAAGGACAAAAUCCACCUUUUUGCCGAUGAGCAAAGUCUUACUCCGGCCGUUCACCGGAAUCUCCACACAUCCCACUGUGUCAACGCCUUCUGUGUCAGAGUCAAGCCCUAUGAAAGUAUCUUUGAGCACAUUAGAACUGACUCCCAGGCAUGGACUCGCGUUUUACUGCCCUCAGAAUCGGUGUUCAGUCCAGGCGCCAGCAGAGCUAUCGUUUCAGCGGUUCGCUCGGACAAGCGACUUUUAGCGGUCUCGCCGAUCAUAGCGAUGAAGGCCGAAAAAAACGAGGUGGAAAGAGCAGGCAUGAAGCGAGCCCAUGUUCGGGACGCCGCUGCAAUCUGCGACUUUAUGGCCUUCGUCACGCGCACCAUGCAGCAGGAUUUGGAUACGGACCACGAAACUUGGGACGAGUUAAAGAUGGUGCGGGAAUUGAACCGGUUUCGGAGGGAGGAAAAUUUGACGAGAGGUAUCAGUUUCCCGACAAUCGUUGCGUUCGGGCCGCAUUCAGCCAUACCUCACUAUGUGCCGUCCAAUUUGACCAAUGUCCAGGUCGAUAAAUCCAACAUGUUGCUCAUCGACUCAGGAGGGCAUUAUUACGAUGGCACGACAGACGUGACCCGAACGUUCCACCUGGGAACUCCAACCGAGGAACAGAUCACUGCUUACACGCGGGUGCUCAUGGGCCUGAUCGACUUGUCAGCAGCCCCGUUCCCGAAGGACAGCUCCCCGCAGAGCCUUGACUCCAUAGCGAGAGCUCCCAUCUGGGAAAUGGCCGCCGACUAUCCUCACGGCACCGGCCAUGGAAUUGGCACCUUCAAUUCAAUCCAUGAGUCACCCCUCCUCAUCUCAGGUCACAUCACGGAGAAGUUCAUGUUCAAAGAAGGCCAUUUUGUGUCCAUUGAACCUGGAUAUUAUCGAGAUGGAAAAUUCGGCGUGCGGCUUGAGAAUAUCGUCGAGAUUGUUAAAAGUAAUAUUUCGGAAGCAUUCCUUGCAUUCCACACUGUCACCCUCGUGCCUUUUGAGCAAAAAUUGAUCGACGUAAAUAAAUUAGACUGCAAGCAGAAAGUUUGGCUGAACCACUACAACCACCGGAUCCGGCACGAGGUGGGUGGACUCCUGAACGAGCAAAUGCGACGGGGAUACGAAUGGCUUCUGGUGAACACCCGACACAUUCCGAUCAACUCUUGCGAGACCAUCUCCACACACUCGAUGGCCAACCUAAGUCGCCCUAGUGUCUGUCUCGUCGCCACCCUCAUCUUAUGUCUUUUCUACUAUUUGAACUCGUACUCGAAUUAGACUCUACGCCUCUUCAGUUUUAUACGAAAGACAGAAGGGAUUUAGGACCCUAAGGGACUUUGCAACCUAGGUUGAUGUCAGUUUAUCUUUUGCUGAGAGACAUCAAUGUCUAAACUUUGAAACUAUGUAUCUUAUAAUGCAGUUUUGCAAACUUCCUCGCGUAUUUAAUUUUUUCAUUUUUUUUUAAGAAAAAAGCAGCUUGUUGUUAUCUUGAUAUUUUCUUGACUUUUCAUUUAUCCUGUCAUGAUCAUUCUGUAAGAAUUUCAAGGCCGAAUAUCCGGUAAAAACUAAGAAAUAAAAUACGGAAGGGAAUUUUGAAAUUCUGUAGUUGAGAUACGUGCUCUCAAUAAUUAUGCGUCGAUAUGCAUUUGAGACGGUGUUUCCUAUGUCAGAGAGAAAAAUAAUUAUUGAUUCUAUGGGAGCAGUUUCAAGUUUGAGGACGAAAAAUAAGGAAUGUUCUCGAAAAACUGUUGAUAGUUUGCUGGCGUUAUCGCCCCUUUUUUAAAGGAUACAAUUCAUAACUUCAGAGUAUUAGAAAGCGUUUAGGAUUGAAAAUUUAAUAACAAUAUUUUUGAACCAAAAUCGCUUUCUUUGCCGUACUUACUGAACAAUUUGAGAUUUUACUUCAGGCAACCUUCUGUUUGAGAUCAUCACAAAAAUUCGGUUUGAAAGAAUUCUGGGUUUGAAUUAUUCGCGGACGAGGGGGGUUCCUUCGAUGGGGGGGGGGGGGGUCUUACCUAAUGUUGAAUGAUCUUUGCUAAAAUGGAACCCUACUGAUAUCUGCUAUUCUGGGGGUUGUCUUUGGGGAAGAGUCCCAGUCCAUCCUUGUGUUCCCGACGUAAGACGCGUCGCUGGGAACGAAUAAAUAAACUCAUACUCAAAGUGUUACAAAUCAAAGUCAUGGAGGGCCCCUCACUCCUCAGGCCUUUUAAUUCAAAAAUGCAAUAGAGGCGGCGGUCUCCUUAGUCAGUGUAUAUUUUAACAUGUUCCUGUAACAUCUUAUUUUUAGUUACCUCCGUUACUUAUCAUAACGAUCUAAUCUAAGAGCUACGAGUCUUAAGAGUUCAAUUACAGGGAAGCGAUGUCUCUUGACCCAACUCUAAUAUUUUUUCAUGAUAUUCCUCUGAACAAUUCAACGUUAGUGUUUUUCUUCUCUGUUUUUAAACCUCUCGAAUGUUCGUAAAUGAUGUGAAGAGAACUGAAUGCGGAAUGAAUUUCAUAAAAAAAUUUAAUGCUGUUGGGAAAUGGAACAUCGUUACUUUGCGUAUUUACCUCGGACUCCUGGCGCUUAAAGUUUGCAUACUUACCUACUUCACAACGCACGAUCUCAUAAUAAUGAUAAUAUGUACAACUUUGUAUUACAUUGUGUUUAAAAUCUCUUGAACUAACUGACUUUUUAAGUCAGUCUUGUGCUGGUCAGUCACCCAUGUCCACACAAAAGUGGUAUCUAAUGUUUGCUGCAGUUAGAUUGUAAAAAAA